CUCCACACUACCCCUGCUCUGCUUCCUCUACUGACAGAAGUUCUGAGCUUCCUUCCCAUUUUUAAAACUCUGACUCUGUUGGUGGGUGCCUCUGGUUUUUUUAUUCUCUGCCUCCCAAAGAAAGGCACACAUUUGAUUUGUGGGAUCUGCAGCCGUGUUUUCAGGGCAUGGGUCUGUUCUUUCAAACCUGCUACGCCAUUCCCUUUUAUUAUGGACUAUAAAAGGAGGUCGCUUAUUUUAAUGCUAAUUUUGUUCCUUUAAGUAGUGUUUUUGCCAUUUUUAAAGCUCCCUGCUUUCAUUGAAAUGUGAUCAUACCAUAAAAGGGUGUGUGCAGUUUUGGGUAGUGGAAAUAAAUCUACUGAGUUGAGCUGAGUUUGGAGAGGAAAGUAUGGGAUCUGGUAAUGGGGUUUAUGUGGUUGGGGAGUUUGAUUUGGAUGCCAAGUGGCUCACCGAUCCAAAGCAUCUGUUUGUUGGUCCCAGAAUUAGGGAGGGUGCUCGUGCCAAAGUCUAUGAAGGAAAAUACAAGAAUCAAAAUGUUGCUGUGAAGAUUGUCAAUAGAGGAGAGACCCCGGAAGAGAUUACCAAGAGAGAAGCACGGUUUGCAAGGGAGGUGGCUAUGUUGUCCAGAGUGCAGCACAAAAAUUUAGUGAAGUUCAUUGGUGCCUGCAAUGAAUCUGUCAUGGUCAUAGUGACUGAGCUUCUUUUGGGUGGGACUUUGCGCAAAUUCUUGUUCAGUAUGCGUCCAAGGUGCUUGGACAAGCCUGUGGCAGUUGGAUUUGCACUUGACAUUGCUCGUGCUAUGGAGUGCUUGCACUCCCAUGGAAUUAUUCACCGGGACCUGAAACCUGAGAACUUGAUUUUGACUGCAGACCAUAAAACAGUUAAACUUGCGGAUUUUGGCUUAGCAAGAGAAGAGUCAUUAACAGAAAUGAUGACUGCUGAAACUGGGACAUACAGGUGGAUGGCGCCUGAGCUUUAUAGCACAGUUACACUAAGACAUGGAGAGAAGAAGCAUUACAAUCAUAAGGUGGAUGCUUACAGCUUUGCAAUUGUAUUAUGGGAACUCAUUCAUAAUAAGGUGCCAUUUGAAGGCAUGUCGAACCUGCAAGCAGCAUAUGCAGCUGCUUUUAAGAACGUGAGGCCAAGUGCUGAAGAUCUUCCAGAGGAUUUGGCUUUGAUAGUGACCUCAUGUUGGAAAGAGGAUCCAAAUGAUCGCCCCGACUUCAGCCAAAUUAUACAGAUGCUACUGCAUUAUCUAUCUACAAUUUCACCGUCAAAACCCGCAAUCCCCCAACGGAUAUUCAAAUCUGAUAAUGCUGUACUACCACCAGAGUCCCCCGGUACUAGUUCUCUGAUGGCUGCACACAAUGAACCGGGCGAAACACCUAAAGUAGACAUGCAAGAGAACUCUAAAGGUUUCUUCUUUUGCUUCAACCAAUGUUGUUGAUACUUGAUACUCAUCUAGGCUACUAGUCUUAAAAUACUGUGGAAUUGGGACAGUUAUCUUAACCUUAGUUUGGUCUGAUGGAGAUCAACUCGAUAGAAAUUUAGAAUUCUGGAGUUGGUGGGUUGCUGUGAUGUAAUUACGUUGUAAAAAUAAGGUUCAUCCGAAAACCUUUUGCUCCUGUUCAAGAUAACCCCUUUGACCAUGUCAUGAUCUGUAGCAAUUUAGCAAUUGAUUGUAACACAAUAAUGUAUCAGGAAGUGUUUUCUUCUUAAAAAUCAA